AUGAACAUUACUAAGUCUCCAAUGGACAAAAUUCAGACCCACCUGAAGACUCUGAAGCAAGACCAAGAAAAACUCAAGAAAUGUAAACUGACUGGAGAGAAGAGUAUCGGGGAGUAUCUGAGAAAGACAGAAGCUGAGCAGAAGAUGAUUAUAUCUCAGUUCCAGCAAUUGCACCAGUUCCUGCAGGAAAAAGAGCAACUCCUGCUGGCCCAACUGAGAGAGCUGAAUAAGGAGAUUGUGACGCUACAGAAUAAAAACAUCACCAAACUAGCCCAGAGGAUUUCCCAACUCCAUGACCUGAUUCAUGAGAUGGAGGGGAAAUGCCAGCAGCCAGUGAGUGAGUUUCUGCAGGGUGUCCGAAGUACCUUGAGCAGGUAUGAAAAGGGGAAGUUCCAGCACAUGGUGGAAAUUCCUUCUGAGCUUGAAAAGAGACUUAAGGAUUUCUCCCACAAAAAUGUUAUCCUAACAGAGACUUUGAGAAAGUUCAAAGAUACUCUGCACUCUGAAUUGGAGAUAAAAAACCAUAGAUUACUGGGACUACAAAGGCAUGGCAGUCUGCCACCUGGCCUGGGGAAGAGAAGGAGGAGACCUCCACAACCAUACACAAAGGCAAAUGUGACCCUGGAUCCAGACACAGCUUAUCCCAAACUCAUUGUGUCCAUAAACCAGAAAAGUGUGAAACACCAGGAGGAGAAACAGACUUUGCCUGACAAUCCUCAAAGAUUUGAUACUGUUCCCUGUGUGCUGGGCCAUGAGGGAUUCACCUCAGGAAGGCACUGGUGGGAGGUAGAGGUGGUUGAAGGGAGAUACUGGGCAGUGGGGGUGGCUAGGGCGUCUGUAAGAAGGAAGGGAGGGAUCAACCUUAGCACUGACAAGGGGAUCUGGGCUGUGGAAUGUAUCGGGACUAUGGAAUAUAUUGUAGCUCGCACUUCCCCAUGGACCCGCCUUUCCCUGAACAGGAACCUCAGGACGAUCCGUAUCUCCCUGGACUAUGAUUCAGGGCAGGUGGCAUUUUUUGAUGUUGAGAACAACAGGCGCAUCUUUACUUUCCCACCAGCCUCUUUCACCGGUGAGAGAGUCCAUCCUUGGCUCCUGGUUGGAGGAUCCUACCUCAGACUGUGUCUCUGAGACAUGGUGGGAAAUAUCCCACAGAUAUCUUUAAUAUGGGCUUCCUUUGCUCUGGGCCCCAUGGCCUAUUUAAUAGUUUGAGGGCUCUCAUUAUUGCUAGUUUCCUUGCUUCUAUCUCCAGAAACUAUGUAAUAUAAUAGAGGGGCAACACAUAGGGGGUACAGGUGGGUGCACGUGCAGCCCCUGAGUGUGGCAGUGCACCCCCUACAAAAAGCCGGCGGUGUCUACAAGCGGUCUGUGAUCCCUGCUGGCCACCGCCAACACUACCGGUGGCUUCUGCAGGUGGUCGCCAACCCCUGGUCGGUGCUCACCACCACCGACAGUGCCAAUGGCGUCUGCAGGAGCUCCCCACUUACCACUGCCUCAGUCCCAAGGCCACUGCUAUGCCCCCUCAGCCGCCAGGGGCACGUGUCAUUCAUGAUACAAUACCUCAGUCAUUGUCUGCAUCCUGUCCCUGGAGAGGAUUGCUCCUCUUUUCAUUUGGGUGGGUGUCACUUCUGUGCUGCCAAAGAAAGGAGGCCCCUGCUUCUAGAUGAACUGGCACUCAGCACAGACUGGAAGGUUGUCAUGAAGACCAUCUCGGUGCAGAUGGAGUCUGGUAGACCUGAUGCAUCCUGAUCAAAGCUACAGUCAUCCAAGCAGAAUAAGAGUUAACCACUUCUCUUCUGGAACCCCCUCUGUGGCAUGUCUACACGUUCAUUAAUGUACUUUAGAUACUGCACAUUUAGUUUAGUACUUCCUUAAUGAAGUACUAACUGAAUAUGCAGUAACUAGAGCUACUGCAGAUUAGUGCUAGCACACAAUUAUGUUGUGACACUUACUGUGCAUUAGCUAAUAACACUGCACAGUAGGCUUUUAGCACCAUUUUUAACCUCCACGCUACUGUGCAGUGUUAUUAGGCUAAUGUGCAGUAAGUGUCUUGUCUAGAUGCGCCCUCUGGUGUUUAAAGAUGGUUUUUCCCUCAUUCUCCUGUUCUUGUAUUAAAAUAGCUUUGCAGGGUGGAUUGUGUGUACCUUUUAGCAUUCUUCAAGCAGACAGCUUCAGUCAGAGCAGGGUGGGAAAGGACAGCUAUAAACACGGUGUCCAUAAAGGGCAGAACUGAAGAGAAAGAGAAGGAAAGCAGCUGGAGAGGGAAACGUUUACACUGUUUCUGAGAGUGAAAUUGUGAUUUGUCAGGUCCGUCCUUUGGUUAAUGAACACUGGUGGACAUUUAAGUGCUUAAAAACAAUCUGAG